AUGAACCUCGCAUGUGAACUCUUAGCCAGCUUCCUUCUGAUUUUCACUGUUCCCACCAAAGGUGAAGACCCUGAAAGCACUGUCGUCUGGGGUGCCCUGGAUCAUGACCUCAACCUGGACAUUCCUGGUUUUCCGAGAAGUGACAUAGUGGCAGAUAUACAAUGGCACAAGGGCAGAAACAAGAUUACACGAAUAAAGAAAGAUACGCCACUUUACAAGCCAACGGACAAAUACGAUAUGUUUACAAAUGGAACUCUGAAAAUUAAAGCUCUGAUGAGAAACGAUAGUGACCUCUAUAAGGUAGAGGUAUAUGAUUCCAAUGGAGUAAACCUACUGAACAAAAAAUUUGAUUUAAAGAUUCAAGAGAUGCUCUCAGGACCUAAAAUUAACUGGAUCUGUACCAACAGAACUGUGAGCUGCAAGGUAGAAAAUGGAAGUGAUCCUAAAUUACAACUGUAUUUAAAUUCGAGCAGUGUCAAACAAGGUCAUCGGAGGCUCAUCACCUACGUGUGGAACAGCAAGUGGAAUAAAACAUUCAUGUGCGAGGCGAGUAACCAUGUCGAUAAGAAAGUCAUCACGGAGGUCGUCGUGUGUCCAGAUGAAGGUCUGGAUUUGUACCUCAUCAUCGGCAUUUGUUUAGGAGGCAUCGUCUUCCUCAUCUUCGUGGCACUACUCAUUUGCUACGUCAGCAGGAGGAAAAAGCAGAGCCGCAGGAGAGAUGAUGAGGAGCUGGAGAUAAAAGCACAGAGAGCAACCCUUGAGGAAAGAGGCCGGAAGCCUCCCCAGAUUCCAGGCUCAACUCCUACAAAUCCAGGCAUGUCCCAAACUCCUCCAGUACCUGGCCAUCGUUCUCAGCUCCCCGCUCAUCGUCCCCGGCCUCUUGGCCCCCGUGUCCAGCCCCAGCAGAAGAGGCUUCCUCCGACGCCAGGCACACAAGUUCACCAGCAAAAAGGCCCUCCCCUCCCCAAGCCUCGCGUUCAAACGAAACCUCCCUGUGAUGCCGGAGAAAACUCCUAA